UGUGGGGGUUGUUUUCGUCGGAGGGUGGGCAAUUGUCGGGUCGGGAACCCCUCCUGCGUCACAGGUGAUGUAGAAUGAUGGGAUUUCCCAAAAACCCUUUCCCACCACCGUCCUCCUCCUCUUCAGAGUUUGGAGCAAAUAAGACAAAACUACAACCCAGUGUUUUAUGAGUUCCUGAAAUCUGUCAGGUGGGGCAUAUAGUGGAAGUGGCACAAGGCUGAGAUGGACAUGUGUCUCUUUGCUGCUCUUCUUUUGUUUUUCUGUGCUCAGGUGUGGUCUGAGCCCAGGUGUGAUCUGGCGGAGUUCUUACACCCUAAUGGCGCCUGUGUUGCAUGUCCUGUGUGUGAGCCUGGAGAACAGCUGUCAGAGGAUUGUGGCUUUGGAUACGGCGGGGAUGGGGUGUGCGUUGGUUGUGAGGAGGGGACGUUCAGCACAGAAACGGGGGUGGCUCCCUGCAGGAGAUGCACCCAGUGCAAUCUGCUGAACCGCCUGGUGGAGGCGGAGUGUUCGCCCACCUCUGACCGGCUGUGUGACCGGUGCCUCCCGGGGUUUUUUGAACUCAKGAGCUGGACUGGGGAGGUGGAGCUGCUGUGCGUGCCAUGUAACAUCCAUGACACAGUUCAUGAAGAGUGUUUGCGUUUCACGUCUAAAGGCGCCAAAACACAGAGCAUCGUCUCAGUGCCUGAAAGGAGCAUCAAAGAUCCUCCAGAGAAAGAAGUAGAAGAUGAAAAUCUUUCUGUGGUCCUGGUUGGUGCUGCAGUAGCAUCUUUGGUUUUUUUGGUUUCUCUGCUGCUUUGGGUUGUCCUUCUGACUGCUGAGAGAUUCAAGCAGGUUCCCGAGGACUGCACCAAACCAGAGGGGCUUUUGUCUGCAGCCAGUCUUCAGUAUGAAUCUUUGCCCGGCCACACAGAGAACCCAACGACACGUCCAGACCUCCCGCCGGAGGCCGUAUCARCGAGACCCCAAAGUUCAGUGAGCCACGAGAGUGAGCUGCACCCCACGUCUAUUGUGAUCAACGUCACCACCAACAUUAAGCCAUGCAGCCAGAAAACCGACAGCAUCACGCUGGAAGGGCGACACAGCUUCACGACAGAAGAGAUGGAGCACAAGCUGCAGRAAAUCUGGGAGAUCGCUCAAGGUCAGAGUAUCGAGAUGCUGGACUUCGACUCGGUCCAGGAUUUGUCCCUGCUGCUCGACUCUCCCGACAGCGUGCACACUUUGAGGAAGCUGGGGCUGUCUUUAGGCGUGCCCCCUCAGGUCACCGCUCAUCUCCACGGCUUCCAGGACCUUUUUCAGUACCUGCGCACCUCCACCUACACACAGCUGCCCCAGCUGGCCCAGGCUGCUGCGCUCUUGCCUAGUUUUGAAGUUGUUUCCAGGAUACACAAAGCAGUGRUGAACCAGUUAUUGCUUACACCCUGA